AUAUAUGUGAGAGAGAGAGAGAUUAAUUACUCUUAGUUAGUGCAAUUCAAAUCACUACUUUCUCUUAAACAAAAUCAAGAAGAGAAUUGAGGAAUGACGAUAGACCGUAAUGGAAAGAGAAACAUAGGAAGCGAUGAUGAGAGGUUAGAAGAACAAUCAUGGCCUAAGAAACCUACUCUAAUCAAACCUUUACCGCUAAGGAAUUCAGCUAAAACGCCUCUAUGUUUUGGUUCGUCAUUUAAGCCUUGGAAAAACCCCUCUCAUGACAGCAUUAUUAUUGAUUGUGACCAAGACAACCACACUAAUGAAGUCCAACUUGGUUCUAGUAGCAACACCAACCUAGAAAUGGAUCCAAAGAGGCUCAAGAGAAUCAUGGCAAAUCGAAAUUCUGCCCAAAAAACAAGGGAGAAGAAUAAUGCAUAUGUGGCGGAUUUGGAAAACAAAUCAAAAGGUUACGAGGAGCAGAUAGCGGUCAUUCUAUCACAAAUUGAAUCUGAACAAAGUCAAGUCAACACAUUGAGAAUGGAGCAGCAUAAACUGAAACUACUCAUGGCAACUUGUGAAAAGCAAAGAUUAAUUCAAGAAGCUUCGAUUGAAAAGAACAAAGGGGAAGUUGAGAGGCUGAGAGGACUGCAAUUGAAAUUAGCAGAUGAAGCAAAGCAGGCAAGGGUGUUGCUCCCUUCAUCUGGCUUUGGACCAUUCAUUCGCAACAAUUCAAUUCAAGGUCUAAAUGGAGUUGAAUCAGCAAGAAGGCAAGUGGAUAGCACCACCCAACAUCCUCAAAAUCGUGAGAGGCAGGGGAUGAUGAUGCCUAGUUGGAAUAACACAUCAUUGAUGAUGAGAACCUCAAUUCCUGAUCUCAACAUAGCGAAGCCCGACCCGGAAUCAUAAACCACAAAAUAUUCCUGCCUUACAUGCAUUGCAUAGUACGACAAACUCUGUUUUUCAUUAAAAGAAUUACAUACAUUAUUAUUGGUUUGUGGUUCAUGAUAUUGUAUGCUGUUUGAUUGGUUAAACUUAAGUAGAAUAGGAGCUAACAAACUCGGUUAGUUUCGAAUAACUUUUAUUAUGUGUUAUUUUUCAU